AUGCUUAGGUAUGGCGUUGACGCUGUGAUCCUAUCGGACCCCAUCAACAUCCGCUAUGCAACGGGUACACGGAACAUGCAGGUUUUCAGUAUGCGCAACACUCCAUCCCGCUACCUACUUAUGACUGCAAAUCGGUCCAUCUUAUUCGAAUUCACGGGCUGUCUACAUCUCGCAGAAGGAUACGAGACUGUCGAUGAGGUACGCCAUGCGAGGACGGCGAGCUUUGUGGCCGCUGGGCCUGGGAUUGAGACGAGAGAAAAGAGCUGGGCGGCGGACAUGACCCAAUUAAUUACCGAGCUCGUCGGCAAAACUGGCGCGACAGUGGGUUUAGAGCGUCUCAACGCUGGCGCUGCCAUCGCCUUGAAGGAGACCGGCCUCCAUGUUGUGGAUGCUCAGAGACCGGUGGAGAUGGCGCGAGCCAUUAAAUCACCUGAGGAGGUCAAAUGCGUGGUUGCUUCGCUGAGAGCGACUGAGAUUGCUGUCGGCAAACUACGAGAUGCGAUACGCCCUGGCCUGACUGAAAAUGAGCUUUGGUCGGUCCUUCACAAGUCAGUUAUCGGUCAGAACGGUGACUAUUGCGAGACGCGUCUCCUUAGUGCUGGUCAACGCACAAAUCCAUGGUUCCAGGAAACAGCAAGCUACAUUAUCCAGAAAAAUGAUCUAAUCGCCCUGGAUACCGAUGUUGUGGGCUGCCACGGAUAUUAUUCCGACUUUUCGCGUACUUUUCACGCCGGGCCCGACCCUCCGACAGAAGACCAAAAAGAGCUCUACAGGGUCGCAUAUGAUCAGGUAACGCACAACAUGAGUAUUUUGAAGCCCGGAAUGACCUUCCGCGAAUAUGCCGACCAAGCAUGGGAAAUUCCGAAAAAGUAUUACGCCAACCGCUAUUAUCUCUCUGCACAUGGGUGUGGAAUGACAGGAGAAUACCCCUAUCUCUAUCACCGUGGUGACUUCCCCGAUGCUGGAUACGACGGAGUCAUUGAACCAGGCAUGGUCAUUUGUGUUGAAAGUUAUAUCGGUGAAGAGGGAGGUUCGCAAGGUGUCAAGCUAGAAGAGCAGGUUCUCGUCACUGACACGGGCAUUGAGUUGCUGUCUCGGUUUCCGUUUGAAGAGGCUUUACUGAAAUAG